AUGCGCCUCCCACUUCCGCUCGUUCUCUUAUUGCUGCUGCCGCCAUGCGUGCUAACGUCUCGUCCGGCAAAACGCUCAUAUUCUACUCACGACUACUACGUCCUGGAACACCUGCCUUCCGGUGCUGCAUCGCUGGACGAAUGCGUGAAUAAUCUCGGGCUGGAGGUGGUCGAGCAGGUUGGGGAGCUCCGGGAUCAUUGGUUGGUGCGACGGCGGAAACAGGACUGGUACGUGCGGACGGAGGGAGACCCGGUGGAGCUGCUGCGAAGGAUGAGAGAGCGAGCAGGUACGGGGAGCGUCCAUGCGCGUUCUGAGCCAGUACACGUUGAGGGAGAUGGGGACGGCGAGGUGAAAUCAACUGCCCGAGAGGUUGCGUCGCGACUGGGCAUCCGUGACCCUACGUUUACCAAGCAAUGGCAUCUGGUGAAUGAUGAGUUUCCGGAACACAUGAUGAACGUCUCGGGGCUAUGGGAGGAAGGAAUCACGGGUGCAGGUGUAAUAUCAGCCUUAGUGGACGACGGCUUGGAUUAUAACAGCGACGACCUUGCUGCCAACUUCUUUGCAGAAGGCUCGUAUGACUUCAACGACCACGAAGAUCUCCCCACACCCAAACUCUUCGACGACCACCACGGCACGCGCUGUGCAGGUCAAAUAGGCGCAGUCAAGAACGACGUCUGCGGUGUUGGUAUAGCCUACGACUCGAAGGUUGCUGGCAUCCGUAUACUCUCCGGACCCAUAUCAGACGUAGACGAGGCUGCCUCUCUCAACUAUGGUUACCACAAUACCUCGAUAUACAGCUGCAGCUGGGGACCCUCAGACGAUGGGAGAUCCAUGGAGGCUCCUGGGUACCUGAUCGAGAAAGCCGUGGUCAAUGGUAUCCAGAAUGGACGCGGCGGGAAGGGCUCUAUCUUCGUCUUUGCCAGCGGAAAUGGUGCAGUCCAUGACGACCAGUGCAACUUCGAUGGCUACACGAAUAGCAUAUAUUCGAUUACUGUAGCCGCGGUCGAUUACAAGGGUCUGCACCCAUAUUAUUCCGAGGCUUGUGCUGCCAAUAUGGUGGUAGCGUAUAGCUCUGGUAGCGGCAAUAGCAUUGUUACUACCGAUGUUGGUAAGAACAAAUGUGCUACUACUCAUGGUGGUACCUCGGCUGCCGCGCCCAAUGCCGUGGGCGUAUUUGCGCUCGCAUUAUCAGUCCGACCUGAUCUAUCAUGGCGCGAUAUGCAGCAUCUAUGCGUUAGAACCGCGGAAAUGAUCAAUCCUGAAGAUCCCGACUGGGAAAUCACAGCUGCGGGGCGUCCCUUCAGCUACAAGUACGGAUUCGGACGCCUGGAUGGCUACAAGUACGUCAAGGCAGCCCAGGACUGGGAACCCGUGAAGCCACAGGCAUGGCUCGACGUGCAGCCCAUCCAGAUCGCGAACGGUACUAUGGACAUCCUCGGGACGAUGUCGGGCGGCGCGCCAAUAACCACGGAGGGCGUGCGGAGUACCUUCACUAUUACCCAGGAAAUGUUGGCGGAGAACAACUUCGAGGGCCUCGAGCAUAUCACGGUGAAAGUAUGGAUCUCGCAUACUCGCAGGGGGGACGUCGAGGUCGAGCUUGUCAGCCCUAAUGGUGUUAAGAGCGUCCUGGCCGCUAAGCGGAGGUACGAUAAUGCAAUCACCGGGUUCCCCGGAUGGCGGUUCAUGACCGUAAAGCAUUGGGAUGAAAAGCCGGUUGGCGAGUGGACGAUAAGGGUCAACGACCAAGGGUCAGAGGGCGAAUCUGGCAAUUUCCUAGGCUGGAGUAUGACGCUCUGGGGUUCGACUAUUGAUGCGUCCAAGGCUAAACAGUAUGAAGUCCCUUUCCUCGCCUCCUUACUGCCUGCGCCGCAUGAAGACGUCGUGACGACGACUACCAUCCUCCCUCUGACUACGGCUACUAAGUCUUACCCCAAGCCGACGUCUCACCUGCCGACCGAUCACGGUAGCGUCGAAGGCGAGGCCACGAAGGCGGCCUUCUCCAACAAGCCUAUUGCGACCACACCCACUGUUCAAGACAGCAUAACCCCAACGGCGGAUGAAGGCUGGUUCCCGGACAUGGAGAAUCUGGUGUCGAACCAGAAAUGGUUCUUCGGCGCGGUUGGCGCAGUCGUCGUCUUCGGAUUGUCCGCUGGGAUAUUCUUUUGGAGACGUGCCGUCAACCGGAGGCGCAGAGCGCAGUAUAGUACGCUUGCGAGGGACGACGAUGUGCCCAUGAGCUCUAUCGGUGCUGGUGGAGGGCGCGCGACUGGCCAAGGUACCAAGGAACUAUAUGACGCCUUUGGCGAGGUUUCAGACGAUGAGGACGAUGUUGACGAACACACCGGGCUGACAGCAGGCCGUCCUGAGGAUCGUUCGCCCGGGGGUUUGGGGUUCCACUCCGGGUUCUUGGAUGACGAUGACCCCGAGUCAGCUAGAGCAACGCACACAUCAUAUCGGGACGAGCCCGAAGACCCAGACCAUCUAAGGUCAGGUUCAUCUCAACCUUCGCGAACUGGCAGUCCCGGUAGCAGCGGCACUGGAAGUUGGGAGCAUGCAUCGCAACUGCGUUAG